AGGAAUAUGGAAUGUCCCAUACAUGGCUAAUGUGUACUUAAUUAAAGGAAAGACACUCCGAUCAGAGAUGAAUGAAAGAAACUACUUCAUUCGUGAUAAAUUGGAUCCUGAUAUGGCUCUUUGCCGAAAUGCUAGAGAAAUGACUUUACAAAGGGAAAAAGACUCCCCUACUCCGGACACAUUCCAAAUGCUCAGCCCCCCAAAGGGUGUGUUUAUGUACAUUUCUAAUAGACACGAAUUUGGACGACUAUUAUCAACUGCUAACUACAAUACUUCCCACUAUAACAAUGACCUCUGGCAGAUUUUUGAGAAUCCUGUGGACUGGAAGGAAAAGUAUAUAAACCGUGAUUAUCCCAAGAUUUUCACUGAAAAUAUAGUAGAGCAGCCUUGUCCAGAUGUCUUUUGGUUCCCCAUAUUUUCUGAAAAAGCAUGCGAUGAAUUGGUGGAAGAAAUGGAACAUUACGGCCAAUGGUCUGGGGGAAAACAUCACGACAGCCGCAUUUCCGGCGGUUAUGAAAACGUGCCAACCGAUGACAUCCACAUGAAGCAAAUCGACCUGGAGAACGUGUGGCUUCAUUUCAUCCGCGAGUUCAUUGCUCCGGUUACACUGAAGGUCUUUGCAGGCUACUACACAAAGGGGUUUGCACUAUUAAAUUUUGUUGUAAAGUACUCGCCUGACAGACAGCUCCUCCGUCCUCACCAUGACGCUUCAACGUUCACCAUCAAUAUUGCUCUUAACAAUGUGGGAAAAGAUUUUCAGGGAGGUGGAUGCAAAUUUCUAAGGUACAACUGCUCUAUUGAAUCGCCAAGAAAGGGCUGGAGCUUCAUGCACCCUGGGAGACUGACACAUUUGCAUGAAGGACUUCCUGUUAAAAAUGGAACACGGUACAUCGCAGUGUCAUUUAUAGAUCCCUGAGUCACUUAUUUCCAUUGCAUUGAAUUUUCUUUUGGAACAGACGACUGGCAUGAGCAUGUCUUUGAAGUUGUGCUGAGACGAUGACAGGAAUAUUUAAAUAACUUCAACAGAACAACUUCUCUUUGGACCAAAUAUUUGAAAAACUUUUUAUAAAAAAAAAAUUGUUUGAUGUUUCUUAAUGUCUGCUCUGAGCCUUUAUACACAGG